AUACUCACACAGGCGGUAGUCCUUUCAUGGUCUGUUUUGUCCUAAACCUGUCAGAUAACUUCAGCAGUUUUGCGACAAUUGUUUCAAGCUGCCACAAGUUAUAACAUCACUUGAUUGCAUUCAAGCGCGAUUUCAUCCGGAUAUUAAAGCACUUAAACCACCGCCAGAGUUGUGAAGCAUGGCUUCUGUUGGAACUUGGCAUCAACAUAUUUACAACAGCUCUCCAAAGCAACCUACCCCACACUUUGUGGCCAACAUACUUGGGCUUUAUUCGGGGCACCAACCGAACAGCUCAACAGUCGGUUGCCCUCGACAAGAACAACCGCCUGGUAAAUUGCGUCGAGUUAAAGAGAGAGAAGCGAAACAAAAAUACAACGAGCAGAAUGAUUCGGCACCCGAUAGCAAGGAAAAGGAAAUUCGGGUGCAAUCAAAAUCAGAUACGAAAGGUAGGUGUCUUCAUGCUCCGUUAAUGGGCUCGGAAAUUUGUGGCGGGUUAAUCGAUGCGGAUCAAUUUUCUAAACGGUUCUCCGCUUGCUCCCUCUUUAUAGAGUCUUCGACAGUUCAUUCCAAGGAACUCAAGAGACUUAAAGGGAAAGCUGGUAGAGAAAAAGUCAGAAAGAAAAAAGCCCGAACAACGUUCACGGGAAGACAAAUUUUCGAGUUAGAAAAGCAGUUCAAAGAGAAGAAAUAUCUGACUGCCACCGAGCGCAGCGAUAUGGCCUCUCUGCUUAAUGUGACUGAAACGCAAGUCAAAAUUUGGUUUCAAAACAGGAGAACGAAGUGGAAAAAGCAGGAGAAGAUAUGCGAAGACAACAAUGAGAACGAAAAGGAUUCACAAAGCGACAAUUCAGACAACAAAGAUAGUGUAUCGUCGGAAAUUUGUGUCGACAAUGACGAUAAAAGUUCGGACUUGGAUGAGAGCGGUUAGCGGAGACUUCUUCCGAUUAUUUAUUUUACACACAUAAACUCACGGCUUCAAAAUUUGACCAUUAUUUGUCACUGUACGGACUUUAGAGCAAAAGUAAUAUUGUACGGAGUUUUAUGAUUGGUUUAAUUGCAUUUUUUCAUCCUACGAGAAUUAUGACAAUUAUCUAUACAAUAGUUUUGUUCUUACAUAAAUUAAGAAAACUAUUAACGAGCUUCUAAACGGUGGUAAAAUCCUUGAAUUGUCUUGAAAUUGCUGGUCUACCAUAUCUCUGAACAAUAGACAAAUCUUUAAUAACUAUUGUAAAGGUUCUUGAGCUAGGAGCUAAAAUAAAUGGCCCCAGACAGGAAGCAAUUGAGAAACAAACCUCCCUUUAAAUGAACUCCACUUGUUCGCACGCGCAUCGUGGGGUCUAUUUGUUUUGGACUUUUUAGCUAGCUGAAGAUAGUUCAUUGAAGUGGAGAAUGCCGCUAAGACAGGCAAGUCCAGUAAUAAACUAAAUCGCUAACACUGUAGUUAUUUCCUAGGAUAAUGUAUCAUAAAAGUAAUUUUAUGCCACAGUAGUUGGCAAUUAACUGAAGUAACCAGCUAUUUACAGAAAAUAUUUCAAACAUCUAACAGUUCCGAGACCCUUUUUCGGCUCAGUCGGCGAAAUAGUUACCACAAUCACAAGACACCAGACCUACAGCUCAGUGAAAUGUCCAAAUUAUAUUGGUAUUUAGUACUGGUUAAAGCUGACCUCAUAUGCGGGACAAUUAAAUUCUACGGCAAGUUUUACCAACCGAAAAGACGUUAUAUAGAGUGAAAUAGUAGUGGUCUUAAUUAUUCCUCAUGUCUUCACCACACCACUAGCAGUUCGGCCGACAUAUGUUCACUUAACACAGUAAAUAUUUUCAAUUUGCGACCAUCUGCUCUGAGCCAUAUCUUUUACUACUCUUCGAAUUGAUGCCUUUGUUUUAUAGAAUUGUGUCCCUUUGUUUUGAGUUCAAAUUUUCAUGAUUUAAUAAUAGGUGGAAUUUUCUAUAGUCAAAGUCAGUGCAGGGGUAUUACUAACACAUAAAAACUAUCAAGUGAUAUAAAAAGUUGCUUGCAAUCUAAAUUAGAACUUUGUGCCUGUUUCAUAAACAGCAGAUAGAGUUAAUUGUAAACAAAUGGGCUUCAUUAUUAUUUGAAAAUAAUUUAGCUUGCGGCCUUUUAGGGUUUCAAAGUGGUAUGAACUGUUUUUAUUUAUGCGUGGUUUCUUUCGCACAUGGAGCAUUGUAAUCAGUCUUUUAUAAGUGUACGGCUUGAGAAUGAUGAUUUGAAAGUUGAACUCCGUCUUGUUCCGUUCAAUUUAAACGCGUUUGCAUGUAAUUUCUAGUAUGGGCUGUGUUAAAUUGGACAUCUGGAACCCCAAAGUGGUGUCUUUAGGCAUGAUCUGGCUAGCUGUUAUGCAUUUCUUUAAAAUAACGUACAUGAAUGUAAGCUCACUCUACUUGUGUCCUAUUAGCGCUACACGUAACCGCAAGUUUUAAGGAAACCACACGCCUUUUGUUGUAGAGGAGACUUAAAAAAUACUUAAGUUCCGAAAGGG